AUGAGGCUCUCGGCAUGGAGGGCGUGGAAGUCGCACUCCUCCCCUUCCCAUUCAUGGACCCCGCCGUACUUGACGUCCCCUUUGAUGGGCAUUGCCAGGUACUGA